AUGUUUUCCUUGAUUGGCAAAUGUCUUUCAGAUUGGAACAGUAGUCCGGAAACCAGGGAAUCCCCUGCAACAAGUGACUUCUUCAUGGAAGAACCAUUCCAAGAAAGAGUUCACGUGGGUAGUCUCCAUGUCUCCAAGUUUGGCAAAGCCAGGGAAUGUUGUUCUUUAUUAGAAAAACAGCAGAGCAGUGAAGAGGAAGUUUUUGGACAUAUGCAAAUAUUUGAAAUGAAGGCUCCCAAUCAAGUUAGAGAACAUGCAUAUAAAAAACGCAAUGGAAGCUUCUGCCAAGGAGCAAUCCUUUUCCCGCAGUGUAAGAUGUCUCUUGGAAGGAAUCUUCUUCAUCCGUGUGUUACAGAACAAAGGAGAGUCAGAUUGCAUUCAUAUCUGAAUAAACAGAAGAGAAUUUCCGUAAAGAAGAUGUUUUCUAGGUACAAUGAAGGUGAAAAAUUUUGUCGUUAUGACUCAGACCUUAGUGAAAAACACAAUCAACAUAAUGGAGAAAGAGCACAUUUAGGGAAUCAAUGUGAUCAGAUUUUGUCAAGUGGCAUAAACAUUUGUCAGAAUCAGAGAAUUCAUGUUGUAGAAAAAUAUUAUGAAUGUGACAAAUGUAGACAAGCUUUUAGUCAGAAAACAGGACUUCUACAACAUCAGAGAAUUCAUGCUAGAGAAAAACCUUAUGCAUGUAAUGAGUAUAAAAAGGCCUACUCACAGAAAGCUGACAUUACUAUCCAUGAUAGAAUUCAUACUGGAGAAAAAGCUUAUGAAAGUAAUGAAUGUGAAAAGGCCUUCAGGCUGAAGAGAACGUUUGAUGACAACCAGAAUAUUCAUAAGGUCAAGAAACCAUAUGAAUGCAAUGAAUGUGGGAAAGCCUUCAGUCAGAAGGCAGGACUGAAUGGACAUCAGAACAUUCAUACUGGGAAGAACACUCAUAAAUGUAAUGAAUGUGGAAAGAACUUUAGUCAAAAGUUAGGACUCGUCUACCAUCUGAGAAUUCAUACUGGGGAGAAGCUUUUUGAAUGUCAUGAAUGUGGGAAAGUCUUCCAUAAGAAGAUAGGACUUAGGAGUCAUCAGAAAAUUCAUUCUGGAGAGAAACCAUAUCAAUGUAAUGAAUGUGGCAAGGCCUUCAGUCACAAGGCAGGACUUACCUGUCAUGAGAAAAUUCAUACUGGAGAGAAACCAUAUGAAUGUAAUAAGUGUGGUAAGGCUUUCAGCAGGAAAUCUGUUCUUACUGACCAUCAGAAAAGUCACACUGGAGAGAAACCUUAUCAGUGUAAUGAAUGUGGGAAAGCCUUCACUAGGCGGACAAUCCUUACUCAACAUCAAAAAAUUCAUACUGGAGAGAAACCUUACAAAUGUAAUGAAUGUGGGAAAGCCUUCAGUCAGAAAAUAGGACUUACCUGCCAUCAGAAUAUUCAUACUGGAGAAAAACCUUAUGAAUGUAAGAAUUGUGGUAAAGCCUUCAGUCAGAAGACAGGACUUACAAGACAUCAGAAAAUUCAUACUGGAGAGAAACCUUACAAAUGUAAUGAAUGUGGGAAAGCCUUCAGUCAGAAGACAGGACUUACAAGACAUCAGAAAAUUCAUACUGGAGAGAAACCUUAUAAAUGUACUGAAUGUGGGAAGGCCUUCAAUCAGAAAAGAACACUUACUGAACAUCAAAAUAUUCAUACUGGAGAGAAACCUUAUAAAUGUACUGAAUGUGGGAAGGCCUUCAAUCAGAAAAGAACACUUACUGAACAUCAAAAUAUUCAUACUGGAGAGAAACCUUAUGAAUGUAGUGAAUGUGGGAAGGCUUUCAAUCAAAAGAAUACACUUACUGAACAUCAGAAUAUUCAUACUGGAGAGAAACCUUAUGAAUGUAGUGAAUGUGGGAAGGCUUUCAAUCAAAAGAAUACACUUACUGAACAUCAGAAUAUUCAUACUGGAGAGAAACCUUAUGAAUGUAGUGAAUGUGGGAAAGCCUUCAAUCAGAAGAAGAGACUUACAAAACAUCAGUAUAUUCAUACUGGAGAGAAACCUUACGAAUGCAAGGAAUGUGGGAAAGCCUUCAGUCAGAAGAGAACACUUACUGAACAUCACAAUAUUCAUACUGGAGAGAAGCCUUAUGAAUGUAAUGAAUGUGGAAAAACCUUUGGUCAGAAGACAGGACUUAGUAAACAUCAGAAAUGUCAUUCUAGAGAGAAACCAUAUCAAUGUAAUCAAUGUGGGAAAGCCUUCAUUAGGAGGACAAGACUUACUCGACAUCAGAAAAUUCAUACUGGAGAGAAACCUUAUGAAUGUAAUGAAUGUGGGAAAGCUUUCAGAGAGAAGACAAGUCUUAGUCAACAUCAGAAAACUCAUACUGGAGAAAAACCCUAUCAGUGUAAUCAAUGUGGGAAGGCUUUUAGCAGGAAGACAAUUCUUACAGAACAUCAAAAAACCCACAGGGGAAAGAUUUCAUCAGAAUGUCAGAAGGCCCUAAGUUGGAAGACAUCACUUGAACAUCAGAAAUUUAAUAUAGGAGAGAAACUUUUGGAAUAUGAUGGACUUUUGGCAGAGAAGACAUAUUAUUAAAUCUUACUCUAUUAAAUUAUUAUUGAAUUAUUAAA